AAUAAUAAGGAAAGAAAAAAAAAAGAAGAAGAAGAUGUCUUGUUGGAUAAGCCAAGAUUCCAAUUUAUAAGAGGGCAUUAUUUGCUAAAUGCUCUCCUCGUCCCUGUGAUCCGAUCCAUCGUCGUCUCCAAUACUAGAUCUCUCUCUCUCUCUCUCGCUCGCGUCGAUAAUUUGUGAUAAAAAUGGCAGCCGUAGGAAUCGAGACGAGGCGUCCUGAGGGUGCGAUGGAGGAAACCUGCAACGUGAAGGGAGCGGUGGCGAAACAAGGAGAGGGGCUUAAGCAGUACUAUCUCCAGCACAUCGACGAGCUCCAGCGACUUCUCCGCCACAAAACUAACAACCUCAAUCGCCUCGAAGCUCAGAGGAACGAUCUCAACUCUCGAGUACGAAUGCUGAGAGAAGAGUUGCAGCUGCUUCAGGAACCUGGGUCCUAUGUGGGUGAAGUGGUCAAAGUGAUGGGAAAAAACAAGGUCUUGGUUAAGGUUCAUCCAGAGGGGAAGUAUGUUGUUGAUAUUGACAAAAGUAUAGACAUAACUAAACUUACCCCAUCUACAAGAGUUGCUCUCCGUAAUGAUAGCUAUGUUCUCCACCUUGUCCUGCCAAGUAAAGUUGAUCCCCUGGUUAACCUUAUGAAAGUUGAGAAGGUUCCUGACUCCACUUAUGACAUGAUUGGUGGUCUUGACCAGCAAAUUAAGGAAAUUAAGGAGGUCAUUGAGCUUCCAAUCAAGCAUCCUGAAUUGUUUGAGUCUCUUGGAAUCGCUCAGCCAAAGGGUGUGUUGUUAUAUGGUCCACCCGGAACUGGGAAGACACUUUUGGCUCGGGCUGUGGCACAUCACACUGACUGUACCUUCAUCAGAGUUUCUGGUUCGGAGCUGGUCCAGAAAUACAUUGGAGAAGGUUCUAGAAUGGUCAGAGAACUUUUUGUGAUGGCAAGGGAGCAUGCACCAUCAAUCAUCUUUAUGGAUGAGAUCGAUAGUAUUGGGUCUGCUCGUAUGGAAUCUGGAAGUGGAAACGGUGACAGUGAAGUUCAGCGUACUAUGCUUGAGCUUCUCAAUCAACUUGACGGGUUCGAAGCGUCAAACAAAAUCAAGGUUUUGAUGGCGACAAAUCGUAUUGAUAUUCUGGAUCAAGCUCUUCUCAGGCCAGGAAGGAUUGAUAGGAAAAUCGAAUUCCCCAAUCCUAAUGAAGAUUCACGUUGUGAUAUCUUGAAGAUCCACUCGAGGAAAAUGAACCUGAUGCGUGGAAUUGAUCUGAAAAAGAUUGCAGAGAAGAUGAAUGGUGCUUCAGGUGCCGAACUGAAGGCUGUGUGCACGGAGGCGGGAAUGUUUGCUCUGAGGGAGAGGAGAGUACACGUGACACAGGAAGACUUUGAGAUGGCAGUGGCGAAGGUUAUGAAGAAAGACACAGAGAAGAACAUGUCUCUGCGUAAGCUCUGGAAGUAGGAAUCUCUCUAUUCUGUUUUCUGUUAUUUCCAAGAAUCUUUUCUGUUUCUUCUUUAAGCGUUUGAAAACAAUUUUUUUUACUGCCUAAACGCUAGUGUGUACUUGAAUGUUACGCAUACCAGUUCCGAGUU